AUGCCUCCCACACAGCUACCUGAGAAUGGCAACCCUCUUGUAUUUUUCGAUAUGACGCUUGGUGGUGAGCCACUAGGCCGCAUAACAUUCGAGCUCUUCAAGGACGUCGUGCCACGUACCGCCGAAAACUUUCGUCAGUUCUGCACCGGCGAGUACAAAGUCAACGGUAAAGCACAGGGCUACAAGGGAUCGAGAUUCCACCGGAUCAUUCCAAAGUUCAUGUGCCAGGGCGGCGACUAUCUCCACGGCGACGGCACCGGAUCCACAUGCAUCUACGGCACCAAGAGCUUCGCAGACGAAAACUUCACGCGGAAGCAUGACUCGGAGGGGUUGUUGUCAAUGGCUAACGCCGGCCCCAACACCAACGGCUCCCAGUUCUUCAUCACCACGGUGCCCACACCCUUCCUCGACAACAAGCACGUCGUCUUCGGGCGUGUGGUCGACGGCAUGGACGUUGUGCGUAAGAUGGAGGCGACCAAGACAGGCCGGAGGGGCAAGGAUGUGCCGGACCUGGAUGUCAUCGUCGCCCAGUGUGGGGAGAUGUAG